AUGUUUUUCUGGGCUCUUUGCUCCACGCCCAAGGUGACCUUUGCUCCUCUCGUGGAAGCGACCCUACAGUCCUCUACCUUGGGUUUACAGCUAUACCACACAACACACCGCAUCCGAAUCGCAUCAGCCAACCACGAGAUCUACAUGUCUGAAAACGGCCCCUCCUGUGGGGCUGCAGCGCCCACACCAGUAGACCCUUGAAAAAAAAAAAUCGAGGUCCGCGCCGUUUGGCAGCAGGAGGCGCGCUGCGCAAAAGCUGAAUCAAAACAAAACGAAGUUUGAAGAGAGGACGGGGCAGUGUAUGGUUGCCGCGUCAGCAGAAGAUAACACGCGGCGCGCUAUCAAACGCGGCAGUCUCACCGUCAUAGCGAGAACGCUGGAGGAAACGAAGGAGGAGUUGGUCGAAAUCAAGAAAAUUGUGGAAGAGAGCCAGGCUCAACCUCGCUGCCGCCGCCGCCGCCGCUGCUGCUGCUGCUGCUAUANGAGAGGACGGGGCAGUGUAUGGUUGCCGCGUCAGCAGAAGAUAACACGCGGCGCGCUAUCAAACGCGGCAGUCUCACCGUCAUAGCGAGAACGCUGGAGGAAACGAAGGAGGAGUUGGUCGAAAUCAAGAAAAUUGUGGAAGAGAGCCAGGCUCAACCUCGCUGCCGCCGCCGCCGCCGCUGCUGCUGCUGCUGCUAUAUUUUUCAGCAGCAGCAGCGGCGGCGGCGGCAGGUGUCUGCGUGGCUUCACCGCCCGGCUGCUGCUCGGGUGUGUCAAGAGGCAUUUGUUCUAGAGUGGGACCGCGCAAUGGUGUUGUGCUGUGCCCCAUAGUAGGGCGCAAAGCACACAGGCGAGCUGCGCCCUCGCGCGUGUGCGUCAGAGGGUCUUUUCGGGAGGUUCCGACGGUUCCGUGCAAUUUCAUUGGUUGGUCGAUUU